AUGGCAGGGCGGAAGGCGGACGGGGCGCCCCCUCCUCCAGAGCCCCCUCUGAGAUUGCAGAGUAGGGGAUGGUUUGCCUUGAUGCCCGUCGGGGCCAUUCGCGAACGCCGCCCUCCUGUCUUUCCAGGCAAUGAGCCCCAGGCGGCUGCACCCCAGUGGGAGGCCGAACCACCCCAAGUCCCUGCGGAGGCAGGACGCGAAGGGCGGCGGGUUAUUGACCAGAGACGCCUUGAUGCUCACCUUGCCGGCAUGGGCCUCGGCGUCGGCCUCGGCCUCGAGGUUCAGGCGGGGCUGGAAGAACUCGUGCAGGCUGCAGCAGCAGGGGCGGCCGCGGCGGCGGCAGCUGGGGCGGCCGCGGCGGCGGCUGCCGGCGAAGAAAACGAUAGAAACAGAAAAGGGCGGCCCCGACGCCAGCAGCAGCCCCGUGCAGAGCAGGCUCCCGCGGCCGCGGGGGCCCCAGAAGCCGGAGAAGACCCAGCACAGGCAGCAGGAGCCGGGCCGGCCCCUGCAGAAGCGGCCGGCGAACCCCAGAGACAGCAGCCGCGCCGCGUCCGAAACACCUUCACUGCUCUGCAGGUGCAGGAGCUGGAGCGCGCCUUUCAGGAGUCUCACUAUCCAGACCUUGCGACCAGAGAAGAAUUAGCUGUUCGCCUGGACGUGACCGAAGCUAGAGUCCAGGUUUGGUUUCAGAACCGUAGAUCCAAAAUGCGGAAGCGUGAGAAAAACGAGACGGUCAGAAGCUUCACUGCUGUCACCUUUACCCAGCCUCUAGGCUUCUACAGAGAUGCCCAGUUUCCUGGAAUCCCCGUGGAUGGUCCCUGGAGAGGCCUGCCUUUUCCUGUAGCUGUGCCACACAUGCCACCACCAAUGGCACCAGCCAUGGCCCCACCUAUGGCCCCACCUGUAGCACCAGCCAUGGCCCAACUCAUGGCCCCACCAGUAGCACCAGCCAUGGCGCCACCCAUGGCCCUGCCAGUAGCACCAGCCAUGGUACCACCCAUGGCCCCACCAGUAGCACCAGCCAUGGCACCAGUCAUGGUCCCACCUAUAGCACCAGCUGUGGCACCACCUGAGGCACCACCCGCAGGCCCAGGCCCUGCACCACCUGUUGGUGCCAACAACGUAACCUGGGCCUCUCUGUUCAGAGGUCCCCCAGGAAACCCCCCAUUUGGAAAGUAA